CUUCCGUGUUUCCACAGAUUCAAAGUUUAACAGACUCGUUGACUCUCUCUAAAAGGACUUUUGUUCUUUUGUCCUGUGACAAAAAUGAGAUCGGGCUUCUUUAUGUGUGUACUUUUUGUCUGUGGAUGUUGUCCUCACCUGACGAAGCAGACUCCGCUCAAGAACAACAUUGUCAAUGACAGACCUGUUAUUGGUAUUUUGACUCAGAUAGUUUCAGAUGCUGCGAUGAAACCAUACGGUAGCACCUACAUACCCGCUUCCUAUGUCAAGUACAUUGAGUCUGCGGGAAGCAGAGUCAUGCCCAUCAAAUUGACUCUUCCUACUACAAAGUAUGAAAGCAUCUUCAGGAGGAUCAAUGGCCUCCUUCUCAUCGGUGGAGCCUCUGAUUUGGAAACAUCUGACUUUGCAAGGGUGUCAAAGAUAUUUUAUCAGCUUGCUAUGAAGGCCAAUGACGCUGGAGACUUCUUCCCAAUAUGGGGUACAUGCUUGGGAAUGCAGCUGCUUACUGUCCUGGUCGCCGGGCAAAAUCUUCUGACUACAGCCACAGCUGAGAAUGUGGCCUUGCCUCUCAACUUGACAGCAGCAGCCUACUCCAGUAGGAUGUUUGAGGGCUUCCCUGAUGAGCUAAUGAAGGCCCUGCAAAGAGAACCUCUCACUGGUAAUUUUCACCACUAUGGACUCACAGUGAAGGCCUUCAAGCAAAAUGAGAAGCUGCAAGGAUUCUUCACCGUAAUGUCUACAAACAUUGGUGAAAAUGGAGUUCCCUUUCUCUCAACUAUUGAAGGCAAGCGAUACCCCUUCUACGGGGUCCAGUGGCACCCGGAGGUGAAUCGUUUUCAGUGGGACAGCACACGGAACUUUCCACACUUGCCUCACGCCGUCCAUCUGUCGUCGCUCCUGGCAGAGUUUUUCGUCAAUGAAGGGAGGAAAAGUUUGCAUGAUUUUGAUGACUCUAAAGAGGAGCCCUUUGCACUGAUUUACAACUACACGCCCGUUUUUGCUGGAAACUUCAGCGGCUAUGAGCAAAUCUAUUUCUUCUAAAGUGCUGUCUUGCAACUGUUGUGAUAAGGACAAGGGUGACAUUUCACAAGGCGGACGAGUCACACAAGGUCACCAAGAUGUCUUUUGGCAGAUGUUAUGCUCCGUUAGGCUAAGGGAGUCUGUUUUAUGGGUAAAAUCAAACCCAGCAAUGUUACAAUGUAUUCCCCGUCAAAGCAUUAUUGUUUCAUGCUAUCGAAUGAUGUAAAAAUAAUAAUAAUAAUACUCAUUUUUGAUUGACUACUAUUGUCGGAAAAGUAUUCAUUUCACAGUAGGUUUAUUAUUGGAGUCGUAGUUUGCAGUGGUGUAGAACAGCACAUUCAUUCAUUCCUUCAUUCAUUUUCUAUCGCUUAUCCUCACAAGGGUCGCGGGGGUGCUGGAGCCUAUCCCAGCUGUCUUCAGGCGAGAGGCGGGGAACACCCCGGACUGGUCGCCAGCCAAUCACAGGGCACAUAUAGACAAACAACCAUUCACACUCACAUUCAUACCUAUGGACAAUUUGGAGUCGCCAAUUAACCUAGCAUGUUUUUGGAAUGUGGGAGGAAGCCGGAGUACCCGGAGAAAACCCACGCAUGCACGGGGAGAACAUGCAAACUCCACACAGAGAUGGUUGAGUGUGGAAUUGAACCCUGGUCUCUUAGCUUAGAACAGUACAGUAUCUUAAAUAUCAGCAUAAAAAGGUGAUAUCAGUUGAUAUUGAUAUCAGAUUUUUUUUUCCCGAACAUGAAAAACGAUAUUUUUUAAAAUGCUGUAUACAACACAUAGUAUAUGUUCAUUCCACCACAGGAGAUAUGUCAUGUUACACAUAUCGGUAUUGGCUGAUAUCGGUCGGACGAUAUCGGUUUUCGGCCAAAAAAAACCCAACAUAUAGUAAUAAAAGUGUUUAUUGGUAGUAGUAAUAGUAUUAUUAUUAUUGUACCAAAUUGGUAUCAUGCACAUUGUUAUACAGUCAUCCCUCCUUUAUCGCUGUUAAUUGGUUCCAACCCUACUGCGAUAAGUGAACUUCUACAAAUUAGGAGUCAAUAUUAAUGAGCGGAAUAUUAUUAUAUUUAGAGCUCUGUAGACAUGAGAAUUAUUCUUUGUUUACACUACAUUGCGCAACACUGCAGGGACAUACGGGAUUGCCGCCACUCAUAGCACAUAGCAAGCCACCUGGCUAACUAGUUAGCCUCCUAUUUAUUUGUGCUAAACUUAAAGUGUUUCAAACAGAAUGGACAAAGUAAGAAGCCACAAACAUACCACUUCCACACAUAAAGGGAGGAGAACUUUUUUUCACUCAUGUCGGACAUGCUGAUAUAAGAUAACAUAAUCUAAGGUAAUGCCUCAUCAAUGUUACAUUACUGAGGCCUAGAGAACAGAAAACUACAUAUAACUUGUCUUUCGGUGUUUUUUGUACAAAUAAUAGUUCAUAGUCAAUCACAAAACAGCGAUCAAUUAUUAAUUCAUUAAUUUUUGAAAAAGACAUGAUGUAAUAGGGAUAAAAGGGAUGACCGUAAUAGCAUUGAUGAUAAUAACUAUGCCAUUGUCACAUUUUGUUUUUUAUGUCAUUAUUAUUGUAUCUCUUCUUUCCUGUGUUUGCCUUUUUUGUUUUUCAAAGCCUGUCAUAUUGAUGUGCAACCCUUUCACCUUGUGGUACCACCAUAAUUUUUCCCCCCCUGGUUUCCUGGUUUUAUUUAUCUUUUGCCGGUCAUUUUUUAUUUCCGCUUAUUGAGCACUUUUGCCUGUGUUUGAUUACCUGGUGUAGUGAAUAAAAUGAUCUUCUAUGCAUCCACUACUUUCUACUGUCUCUGCAUC